AUGAAAUUUUCAGUGAAUUUUGGAAUCACUUAUGAAAGUGGUCCUUUUGAAUUUGAGGAGUUUCCUCGGACAGCUGAGCCUGUCUACAUCUUAGGGAGAGAUUACAGUGCUCUACAUGAACUUGAAGAACUAAAAGAUGACAUCAAGUCAAGAAUAUGGAUCACAUACAGAAGGAAUUUCCAAAAUAUUGGAGGGACUGGUCCAAGUUCUGAUCAAGGUUGGGGUUGUAUGCUACGGUGUGGUCAGAUGAUGCUGGCACAAUGUCUUGUACUUAGACAUUUAGGCAGAGAUUGGAGAUGGAAACAAGAUAUGAUAGAUGAAACAUACUGGAGGUUGCUCCGGAUGUUUGAAGACAAAAAGAUGGCAACCUAUUCCAUUCAUCAAAUUGCAUCAAUGGGAGAAGCUGAAGGUAAAGCCAUAGGUCAGUGGUUUGGGCCAAACACAAUUGCACAAGUUUUAAAACGUAUUUCUGUCUACGAUGACUGGAGUAACAUAGCCAUCCACGUAGCAUUAGACAAUGUGGUUAUACUAGAUGAUAUACGCACAUUAUGCAAGUCUAAAAAUAGAUCAAAAUGCAAGAAGAAAAUUUCAAACAGCGACAAGCCUGAACUAGAAGUGGAGCAGUUUUCAUGUUUUGUGAAUGAGAAGUUACCAAACCAGACCCAUACAGAUACCUGGACGUGGAAGCCGCUACUGUUGAUUAUUCCCCUGCGGUUGGGUCUCACUGAUAUCAAUCCUAUCUAUUUUGAGUCAUUGAAGAAAUGUUUCAAGUUAAAGCAAUCUGUUGGUAUCAUAGGUGGCAAGCCCAACCAUGCUCAUUGGUUUAUUGGUUUUGUUGAUAAAGAGCUGAUCUACUUAGACCCUCACACAACACAGAAUGUUGUGGACCUGGAUGACAGGAGGACAAGUGAUGUCAGCUACCACUGCACCACACCACCCUCUAGGAUGAGCUUCUCUAAGCUGGACCCAUCUAUUGCAUUGGGUUUCUACUGCGCCACAGAGAAAGAGUUUGAAGAGCUGUGUGAGACGUUCACACUGCCAGACAAAUCCUGCCAGUCCAUGUUUGAAGUGCGUAAAGACGCGCCGUGGCCUUACACAGAGUCCGCCGCCACAACUGUGUACACAGAUUCCAAGAGAGGGAACUCACUUUCAGAUUUUGCUGUCUAUGACAGUAAGCAGUCAACAGGCGGAUGUGACGAUGAAGAAUUUGAAAUAAUCUAAGCAACCUAUGAGCUUUCAGCGUGCAUGUGAAUAAUGUUUACAUGGGAAUGUAGUUUACCUGGGAAUGGAGUUUACGUUGAAAUGGAGUUUACGUGGGAGUGGAAUUUAUGUGGGAAUGAAAUUUACGAAUGAUACUUUUCUAACUGCUUUCUAAUCUCUUAUUACAUAUUGAAUGUAAUGUGCAGUAUACUGUAGUUAUGAGUUAUAUUUGUUGACUGUCUGCUUUCAUAUCUAUAAUAGAAAAUGAAUAUAUGUUCAAUCUAUUGCAUUUUGGAAUGUUGAACUCAUGUUAAUAGUUUCAUGAAAAAUUUAAUAUUAACUUUAAU